AACAGAGGGGGGGGGCCUCCUGUCACUAUAAAAGCUCACCCUGCUUCCUCCUUUCUGCAUUCGACUCCUGCCUUCACCUCUUCCUCAUACCUGAGACUCUAGCUGCACAGGAUGUCUUGGGACGGGUACAUCACCAGCCUGAUGGCAGCCACUGACGGAGUGUCACACGUCUCGGGGGCAGCGAUCUGCGGCCAGGACGGCAGCACCUGGGCGGCCUCGGACAACAUGAAGUGCAUCACGGCAGAGGAAGUGAAGAAGCUGAUUGGCGACACGUCUACUUUCCACCAGAGUGGGCCUGUCGUGGCUGGGAUGAAGUGCAUGAUGAUCAGAGACCAGUACGAGGACCCCAGCAGCUACUGCCUGCAGCUGAAGAGCCGGAAGGACGCUGAAGGGAACACCUUCAACAUCUGCGUGGGCAAGACUACUACAGCUGUAGUCAUCGCUAAGGGAACGAAAGAAGCCAACGGAGGUCAGGUGACCGCCAAGGUUUACACCAUCGUGAGUUACCUGCGGGGAGCCGGAUAUUGAGACCCCACCCCCCCCCACCCCCCAAUGUGUCCACCCUGAGCUUUAGGUCUGUAGUAUUUGAAUUCUUCCAUCAGGGAUAAACAAAGUGUUCAGAGGUGUUUCCCACACGGCCUGUCAGCAGUGUUACCCCGUCACACAACUGUGACCCCGUCACACGACUGUGACCCCGUCACACAACUGUGACCCCGUCACACAACUGUGACCCCGUCACACAACUGUGACCAUCUCAGACAACUGGAAAAUAUCUCAUCAAUAAAAAUAUGUUUAUUUUAAAAACAAGCA